CCUCUCCCCUCUCUCUGUCCCUCCUCCCCAUUCCGCUUGUUCGUUGAUACAUGUCCGGGCCCAGCGGGUCCUUCCUCCAGGGCGCAAGCCCGAUGCCCGGGUCACUGAUGUCUCUCUUUGGUGCUGAGUCGGCGAGCACCCCGAAGAUCGAGACGUCCGCCCCCCGGGAGGCCCCGGCCCCGACCCCGGGGCAGGAGUACAUCCUGGACGGGGUGACCGUGCGGUUUCCCUUUCAGGCAUACCCCUCGCAGCUGGAGGUCAUGGCCGGUGUCAUUCAAGCGUGCAACCGCGGCGAGAACGCCCUGCUCGAGAGUCCGACCGGCUCCGGCAAGAGUCUGGCCUUGCUCUGCUCGAGCCUGGCUUGGCUGGAGAUGGAAAAGCGCCGGCGUAACACGGUGUACAUUCGCCGCCUGGACCUGAUUGACACGCCGGAUGAGCCGCCCGUCGCGGCAGCCCCGGCCGUUGAGUUGGAGCACUCGCCCUUCUUUGCGGCCGGGCCCAAUGGAGCUGGCGGCGCCUCCGAGACCCCCAGUCUGCCGGCAUCCAAUGCCGACCUCACCGCCACCGCCAGCAUGCCCUCUUCGCAGGUGGACAUCCCCGCGCCUGGCAGUCCGGGGCCUGAAAAUCCGGCGCCCGACAGCCCGGGGCUCAACAGUCCGACGCCAGGCGCCCAAGUGCCCAGCAGCCCGGGGCUCAGCAGUCCGGGCAAGCCAAACGCCAGCCCAGCCAAGCCGGCCAGCAGCCCGACCAAGUCGGGUUCCAGUGAUGCAACCGAAUGUCCAAAGAUUUACUUCGCCUCGCGCACACACAAGCAGGUGUCACAACUCGUGUCCGAGCUGGCCGCCUCGUCAUAUCGUCCACGCAUGGCGGUACUCGCCUCCCGCGAGCACUACUGCGUCCUACCAGCCCUCACGAACAAGGCCAACAAGUCCGAGGAAUGCCAACGCCUUCUGAAGAACCGCGAGUGUAGCUACUAUCGGAGUUUCAGUCGCCUGCUGACCGAGCCACUUGUCGGCCCAGGCAGUGUCUGGGACAUUGAAGACCUUAACAGUUUGGCCCGAUCGAAGCGCGCCUGCUCGUACUUCGCCUCGCGCGAGUUGAUCAGCACCGCAGACAUUGUCUUCUGCCCGUACAACUACAUCAUCGAUCCCUCCAUCCGCGAGUCGAUGGGCAUUUCCCUGGAGAACAGCAUUGUCAUCAUCGAUGAGGCGCAUAAUGUCGAGGACUCCAGCCGCGAUGCCGGCAGCUUCCACAUCACGCUUGACGCGCUUGACUCCAUUCGCAUUAUGAUCCAGCGGACUGGACGCGAUGACUUCGCACCCAUCUUCGAGGCACUGUCUCUCUUCCUCCAGUUCUCCAGUGCUCGGUUGGACUCCGCACAGAACACCGGCUUCGAGCAGUACCAGUCCAUCAUCGAGAGCAGCCAGCUCUACCGCGAACUGGCCGGUCUUGGCCUGACAGGCGAAUCGGUGCGGACACUGCUGCACCUGGCCGGGCAGCUGAGCGACUAUGUCGAGGGCCUGUCCGAGGCCUUGUCGGACGUCGCGCCGUCCGGCGGCCCUUCCGACAUGGAUUGGGUGUACACCGCCUCAGGACCGCUCCUUAUGCUAAAAAACUUCCUUGGCUCCCUGGCACUGGUGUUCCAGUCGCAGCCAAGCCCCACUCGGCCUUUGAUCCCCGGGUCCCCGGGGGACUUUGUGUUGGUCUUCUCCAAGGAGCCCGUCUACGAUGGAUCCACUCGCAACAUCGAGCAUUCGGUCAAGAUCUGGUGCCUCAACCCGGCGGCUGUCUUCAAGGCCGGCGUCAGUGACCUGGCCAAGUGUGUCAUUCUCACCUCCGGAACGCUCUCGCCGAUGGACUCCUUCGCCUCGGAGCUCGGCGCGCCCUUCCCCAUCCGCGUUGAGGCCAACCAUGUCAUUCCCCCGACAUCAGUCUUCGCCGGGGUGCUGACCAAGGCCGGCCCAAAUGGCCAGCCCCUGCGGGCAGUCUUCACCAACAUGGAGAACCUUGCGUUCCAGGACGACGUCGGUCAGUCGAUCCUGAAUGUGUGCCGCAACGUGCCAGAUGGCGUGUUGGUUUUCUUUGCCAGCUACAACAUCAUGGACAAGCUGCUCAAGCGCUGGAAGGCCACCAACAUGAUGAAGGAACUCCGCGCGCUGAAGAACGUCAUCCAGGAGCCACGCUUUGCCACCAAAAAGACCUUUGACCAAACCAUCGACGAGUACACAAGCUCCAUUUAUCCCCUGCGCGGUACGAAGAGCGCCCGCAAGCGCCCGCGCACCAUGAGCGACUAUUCCACGCCCCGGGGGGCGGUGCUGUUUGCCGUGUGCCGCGGCAAGGUCAGCGAGGGGAUUGACUUCUCGGAUGGCCUGGCCCGGGCGGUGGUGGUCGUCGGCAUCCCCUACCCGAAUGUGCGCGACUCGCAAGUGGAGCUCAAGCGCCGAUUCAACACCAGCCAGGCGCGGCACUUUGAUAAUAACCCGGUUUUCGUGGAGGGCCGGCGCCAGGCGAAUCCCUGCAUGAAUGGCGAUGCCUGGUACGAAGCGCAGGCCUUCCGCGCGGUGAACCAGGCCUUGGGCCGAGUCAUUCGCCACAUCAACGACUGGGGGCCAUUGUCCUGUGCGAUGAGCGCUUCCGUCAGCCGAAAAACCGGUUCCUCCUGUCCAAGUGGAUGCGUCAGCUGGUCAAGGUGCAUGAAGUUCCUGGGGUUCUGUUCGAGGAGCUCGGAGCCUUUUCCCGCUUCCACACGGACAAAGCCCUGCAAGAGGCCCCGUCGGCCGGGGCCGCUGGCCCACCCCCCGCCGGAGCCGACUCCCCUGCCCAUGAUGAUCUGCCGACGCCCAAGCGCCAGGCCCUCUCGGGUGGGGAUCACCAGCAGCCGUACAUUUUGUCGCUGCUCAAGAACAUGAAGCGCCCGGCCGGCGGGGGGGAUGUCUCUCCCUCGGGCCCGGGGGCCUCCUCUUGCGGGGCCUCCCCCGGGGGGGGUGGGAUGUCCCCCUGUGCCGGGCGUGGUGGUGCUCCCUGCUUGGACAUCAAGUCGGAGUCGGGCCCGGAGCCGCGCGAGCAUUUGGCCCUGGCCCUGGAGCCGGAGCCGGACCCGGGGUCGGAGCCCGGGCCAGUGGGCACCGGUGCCCUGGCUGCCGCAGUGGCCAUGGACUCACCCUUGCCCGGGCCGUGCUUGCCUCGGCUGCCGGAUGUGUGCUUGACUUUGGGGUGCUGUGCGCCGGCCAUGCGCCGGGUGGUUCUCGGGGCCGGGGCCCCGGUGGCCGGGCUCUGCUCGCUGGUGCUGCCCUGGAAUUCGCCGGUCCUGGCCCAGUCGGCCGAGCUGCUGGACUCCCUGCGUGAGGUGUUCCCCCGGCCGAGCCGGGCGGCGGCCCUGCCGCCCUCGCUCCAGCGCAUCGACAUGCUCUUCGUCCGGGUGGACUCGGGGUCGAUGGCCGCCACGCUGGCCGGGGCCGGGAGCCCUGCCGGCCCGGGCGCCGGGCCCCUGGUCCCGGCCAGCGUCGAGUCGCGCAUCUUCCUGUCCGUGGCCCCGGGCCAAGUGAUGGCCAUCAGCCGUGGCAACACGGCCUUCGACUUUGCCAAUUGGGCGGUCUUCACGCCGCUCUUCCUCCGGCACGAGGGCUGCAGCCAGACCGUCGGCGGGCACUCCCCGGCCCCGGUGGCCCUGCACAUGUACUUCCCGCCUGGCGGCGCCGUCGGGGCGGGCCCCGGCCUGCUGGAGGCCAUGCUGGCGCUCCUGUGCCCUGGGCAUGGCGCCGGCCGGGGUGGCCCUGCUGCCCGGCCACAGGCCGGGGUUCACUUCCUGGCCUUCAGCGCUGUGGCCCUGGAUCCGCCGCUGGCGGCGGGCAGCGGGUCGACCGUGGCCGGCGGAGCCCCGCCAUGAGUGGCCCCGAUCGCGGCGCCCUGCUGCCCAUGCGUUGGCAGUGCCUUCCCGAUCUGCGCGCCUUUCUUUUUUGCCCGGCGCGCUGUCGCCGCCGCGGGCGUGGCGGGGGGGGGGGGGGGGG